AUGACCGCACACAAACAGCGUCGCACUUGCGACUUUCCCACCGUUCCUCUCCUCCGUGCCUACAGUCCCUCCGCCACGGACCACUUCUACACCACCAACGCCUCUGAGAUGAAGAAUGCGGUGACCAACCUGGGCUUCCAUAAAGAAGGCAACGCAGCGAUCGUUCAUCCCGACCAGACCCCGAUCACCAUCCCGCUCUACCGCCUCUACAGCCCUUCGGCUACCGACCACUUCUACACUACCUCGGCCGGCGAGCGAGACAAUGCCGCCAAGAACCUCGGGUUCGUCAAAGAGGGCAUCGCCGCCUACGUGUACGAGACGCAGUUGUGCGAUACCGUGCCACUGUAUAGGAUGUACAGCCCGUCGGCCAAGGACCACUUCUACACGACCAACGCGGCGGAGAAGGACAAUGCUGUCAACAAGCUGGGAUACACUUACGAAGGGAUUGCAGCCUAUGUCAACCCUCAGCCCUGA